CUGAGGGGGGUCGUCUUGGCCUAUUGGGCGGCGACCGUUGCUUAUAAAAGGAGCUUCCCGGCUCCGCUUUCUUUAACUGCCGCCAGAGGGCGGUUAGCCCUGAGGCACUGCUGGGAGGCGAAAGGAAAAAAGGAUGGAGUGGUUCAAACUGCGCACCUAUGCCCGACGGAGACAGAAAACUGUGUACUGCUCCUCCCCUGUACCAGGGGUGGCUGUAUCGGUUCCCCAAAGCAGCAGAAAAGGCAGUACCCUCCAGCCCUGCCGACGCCUCUUCCAGUCCCAUGCCCAAAGUGCAAAGGGAAAUCCCAAUGUGAAAGCCUUACCAAAAAUCAAAGAAAACUCUGAAGUGAUCAAAACAAACAGUUCAUCUGAUCAGAGUGGUCAAUUAAAUGAUGAGAAAAUUACAGGUAUGGAAGAAAAUGAAGACAUCGGGGAAAAAAGCACUAUGCCGUUGAGGGAAUCUCUGCAUAUCAACUCUGAAAGUAAAGAAAGUUUGAGAAACAGUGAAACUACUUCAGGAAUGACUCUGCCUACAGGUGUCUCUACCUUUCUACUGCACUGUUUGGACAUGGAUUCCAGUACAGAGUCUACUGAUAGCAUGAAUAGUUGCCCAUCACCUGAAAUAUUCAGGGAUGAAGACAGUUUAGACAGAAAUAAUUCCAAUCCUGAGGAGUUUCUCAAAUAUAAGAAUUCUACUCUCCUGGACACCAGCAAAGCGGUGACCAUAGAUAAGAUGCCACAGCUUUCAAAUCUUUCAGAGAUAUUAGAGCCCAUAUCAGAGGGUCAUCAACACCAAAACAUUGGGAGAGAGUCACCAUCAAAAUGCAAUAAAGAUUCUUCUGACUUGAUGAGUGUUUCAACAGUUGUAGCAGGGAAACAAGUGUGUAAAUUUGUGCCUACUAUGGAAAAAACUCCAGAUAUAAAAAUCAGUACAUUCUCUUCAUUACCUACAAGACCAAAGAGACAGCUUGAUAACCAAACUGCUAAUCCUAAAAACAUGAAGUGCCGAAAAAAAGUAAAAUUCAGCAGCCUGUUAAAGGGUGAGACGUCUUCAUGCCAUCAGCUUGUAUCUCCUGCAGAACGUAUUUCAACUAAAUCAUAUGAAUUGGCAGCAGAAGUGCUGCCAUCCAAACAACCAGACAUUGAGAUGGAAAUUAAUUCUAAAGUAUUGAUCACAGAAAAAAAUAGACAAUUGCUAACAAGCACAGCAUACUUUCAGCCAGAAGAAUUAGAGUUUAACUUGUCACCAGUGCACAAGGCCUCUUUUGGUGAAGACUUAUUCCUAAAUUCAACGGGUCCAUAUGUAAACUCAGAAGAAAUUGCUCCUGCAUCUUUGAGUUCAGAAGAAAAAACUAUUUAUCAGUCUCUGCGUAACAAAGAAACAAAAAACAAAGAAAUCUGCUCUAUUAUUAAAACUUCACCAGGGCUUAGGGUCUCCGUGGUUCACCAAACUCCAGCAAACAGAAACACAUUGCAUCCCGCUGAAGGAAUACCUGAAGAUGUUAUUACAAGUACCAAAAACUGGAUCUACAGUGACCAUGGAUGAGCUCUUUGGUUUUCUUCAGGAGUCAAAUGAAAGAAUUAAAGGUCCCACUGUAAGGGGCAGAAGUAUAUGAUCACGAUAUAGAAGAGGAGGCUCACAGAAGAGUAACUUGCAUUGCAUAGUGUAGUCCAUUAUCUAUAGAUGUCAAUUGUUGAGGCAUCAUUUGAAAUAGUGUGUUCAUGCAUGCCUUGCAGGAAGUUCUUAAUGAUUUGUUGAAAAAAAUUGUACAAAUAAGUAAUAUUUUGACUCGGGCAGUGUUCUCCAGGUGCACCAUAUAGUCAAUUAACUAAAA